GUCGGAACUCGCCGAGGUCACGACAUUUGUCGGCCUUGCUAAGCGUACGUGCACGUGAAAUCCCGAUCAAGGAUCCUCGAGCCAAAGCCGUCAGUCUGUUCCCCAAUGUCAGAUGUCACAUCUGAUAAGACAUAUGCUUGUUUUGACGCACUCUUUCAGCCUCAGGAUUACGGCCAGCAAAGACAUUCGGAGAAAUGUUUCCCAGGACAACUAGACGCUGACAUGAAAAAGGCGAACAGCUUAUAUAGAUUCAUGAACAGACGACCUUCGGCUAACUGUCGCUAUCAGCCCACCUGCUACGAGCAUGCCGCUAACUGCUACACGCACGCAUUCCUGAUUGCGCCGGCGCUGGCUGGCACGGCGCUGCUGCACCGGCUGUCGGCCGACGACUGGCAGCGCUUGACGGCGUGGGUCUAUGGCCUGGGCCUAAGCGCCCUAUUCCUCGUCUCCACCGUAUUCCAUGUGGUCACGUGGAAAAGGAGUCACAUGAGGGAGGUGGAGCACUGUUUCCACAUGUGCGACCGGGUGGUCAUCUACGUCUUCAUCGCUGCCUCUUACGCGCCCUGGUUGAACCUCCGCGAGCUGGGCCCCGUGGCGUGCCACAUGCGCUGGCUGGUGUGGCUGAUGGCAGCCGGGGGGACCUUCUAUGUCUUCAACUACCACGAAAAGUACAAGCUGCUGGAGCUGGUGUCCUACCUGACCAUGGGCUUCCUCCCGGCCGCCGUCGUCGCCUCCAUGAACACAACGGAGGGUCUGGAGGAGCUGGCGUGCGGCGGCCUACUCUACUGCGUGGGCGUGCUCUUCUUCAAGAGCGACGGCGUCAUUCCCUUUGCGCACGCCAUCUGGCACGUGAUGGUGGCGCUGGCGGCCGCCGUGCACUACUACGCCAUCUGGAGGUAUCUUUACCGACCUGGGCCCGACAGAUAUGUGCACGCCUCCUGAGCGAACCGCCCCACCGCGCAACUGCCUCCCAACAAACAAAUUGUUUACAUGCCCUAAAUGGCGCUUUGACGCCCACUUUUCUCAAUACUCAGUCAUUCCGCGGCACGGCUGCGCUGAGGGAAAGACAACUCCCAUUGCUCAGUUAGUAUGUCUGUUAGCAAGUUAUGCUAACCAAGCAAUGUGCAGAAAAGAGAUUUACUGUCUGUUUGUCAGAAUAUUUCAAAGCGGUCAUUGUGCAGCCUGAUGACCAAUCACUCGCCGAGAAAAACUUAAUCCUUAUGUGUGAGUUUGGUUUAGUUAUCAUUUUGGGUUACAAAGAUUUUGCAACCAUUUUUUUGGUCUGGAUAUUUCCAAAUGGUGACCAAUCACAGUACUGAUGGACCAUAAUAUCGGGUAGUAAAAAAACAUUUGUGAGUCAUGUUUUUGCUUUCCACUUGUCAAUUCCAGGGCUCGGUGACACUGGAAAAACUACAUUGUUGGCAUUUUGUUUUGUUAGCAUGUUGCCAGAUGGAAACAAAACAAAGCCUAAAAAUGAAAAUGUUUCUUCUAUUUUGAAAAUUUGGCGCUCCCUGCUGGCGUUUUUCUGCAGUUAUUUUCUUCCAUUCCUCAUUUUGAGCAUUUUGCCCAGAUCCUACCAAUGCACUCACCAUUGGCCAUAUUCAGAAGACAAUUCAGCACACUAGUAAAACAACUCAAGCGUACUAGCAGGACAUGUUACCAGGGGGGCAAACCUGAACUACUUGACAACUUUGUGCUGCUAGUACUUAUCAUGACUUGCAACUAGUGCUUCACUAGUACUUUGCAGAUGUCCUGCAUUUUUGCCUCACUAGUCACUUGUUGAACUUCUGUGCUCAUACUUAUGUUCUAUAUUGGAGAAAAAAAUGCCACUAGUUUCACAAUCAUUCAACUAAUGUACUGAAUUGAAUGAAUGCAAAAAGUGUACAACCGAGCACCCGAGUGGCAUCUGUAAGAAAUGCUCUUAUUGCUUUCCACAAGUAUUACAUGAUGAGUGGUCAUUUAUUUCACGUGGCGUCACUUCCUGAUUGUGUUUUGUACGUUCCUGGCCUUCCCGUUGCCGUCUUCUCUUUGUGGUGCUAUUCUCUUUCUCCUGUCAAUAAAAAGCAUAUCAACAAGCGGA